GUGCCGCAUCAUAAAUUACACAUACGAUAAAUAAAUCUUCAUUAUUAUCUUAUGCAAUUAUAUAUGUAUUAUGAGUGGUUCAUUAAAAAAUAGUGCAGCAAAGUCACCAUAGCCGUGGGUGAAUGAUUGAUAGGUAAAAUUGUAUUUUUCUUUUUUUCCCGGGUAUUUCAAAAAGUAAAAAGAGUUGAAGGGACGAAUUCAUAUAUUCAGAAAAUUCCCUCUCCUUUAAGUAUCGGUUUGUGUUUGGGGGCAUCACUCGUUGUUUCUCUCUUCCAUGCCCAAAAUGCGUGUCCUCUUUGUUUUUCUGUUUUUCCAUUUUCAUUUCCCUGAAACCCUUUCUGCCCCAAUCUCAGAGUACCGCGCCCUUCUCUCUCUCCGUUCAGUCAUUACCGACGCCACACCACCCGUUCUCUCUUCUUGGAACGCCUCCAUCCCUUACUGUUCCUGGCUCGGCGUCACCUGCGACAACCGCCGCCACGUCACCGCCCUCAACCUCACCGGCCUCGACCUCUCCGGCACGCUCUCUGCCGACGUCGCCCACCUCCCUUUCCUCUCCAACCUCUCCCUCGCCGCAAACAAAUUCUCCGGCCCCAUUCCUCCCUCUCUCUCCGCCCUCUCCGGCCUCCGCUACCUCAACCUCUCCAACAAUGUCUUCAACGAAACCUUCCCCUCGGAGCUUUGGCGCCUCCAGAGCCUCGAGGUCCUCGACCUCUACAACAACAACAUGACCGGCGUGCUCCCUCUUGCCGUCGCGCAGAUGCAGAAUCUUCGUCAUUUGCAUCUCGGCGGCAACUUCUUCUCCGGCCAGAUCCCGCCGGAGUACGGACGCUGGCAGCGCCUCCAGUACCUCGCCGUCUCCGGCAACGAACUCGACGGGACUAUCCCGCCGGAGAUCGGAAACUUGACCAGCCUCCGGGAGCUCUACAUCGGCUACUACAACACCUACACCGGCGGCAUUCCGCCGGAGAUCGGAAACUUGUCGGAGCUGGUGAGGCUUGACGCAGCGUACUGUGCGUUGUCCGGGGAGAUUCCGGCGGCGCUUGGGAAGCUUCAGAAGCUGGACACGCUGUUCCUUCAGGUGAAUGCAUUGUCAGGAUCACUGACGCCGGAGCUGGGGAACCUGAAGAGCCUGAAAUCCAUGGAUUUGUCUAACAACAUGCUCUCCGGUGAGAUUCCGGCGAGUUUCGGCGAGCUGAAGAAUAUUACGCUUCUGAAUCUGUUCAGGAACAAGCUUCAUGGAGCUAUACCGGAGUUUAUAGGAGAGCUUCCAGCGUUGGAAGUUGUGCAACUGUGGGAAAAUAACUUAACAGGUAGCAUUCCUGAGGGUUUGGGCAAAAAUGGGAGACUCAACCUUGUUGAUCUUUCUUCUAACAAGUUAACCGGGACUUUGCCUCCUUAUCUCUGUUCUGGGAAUACUCUUCAGACUCUGAUAACUCUUGGGAAUUUUCUUUUCGGUCCAAUUCCUGAGUCGCUCGGGACUUGUGAAUCUCUUACACGGAUUAGAAUGGGAGAAAACUUUUUGAAUGGUUCCAUUCCUAAAGGGCUUUUUGGACUUCCCAAACUCACCCAGGUUGAACUUCAGGAUAAUUAUCUCUCUGGAGAGUUUCCUGAGGUUGGUUCUGUUGCGGUUAAUCUUGGUCAGAUUACUCUCUCUAACAACCAGCUUUCUGGGGCUCUGUCUCCCUCCAUUGGUAACUUCUCCAGCGUGCAGAAGCUCCUUCUUGAUGGCAACAUGUUCACCGGUCGGAUACCUACACAGAUUGGGAGGUUGCAACAGCUUUCUAAGAUUGAUUUUAGUGGCAACAAGUUCUCGGGUCCUAUUGCGCCUGAGAUCAGUCAGUGUAAGCUGUUAACUUUCCUGGACCUUAGCCGCAAUGAGCUAUCUGGAGACAUCCCUAAUGAGAUAACUGGCAUGAGGAUAUUGAAUUACUUGAAUCUUUCUAAGAAUCAUUUAGUGGGUAGCAUUCCCUCUUCGAUAUCAUCUAUGCAAAGCUUGACUUCUGUUGAUUUUUCAUACAACAACCUGUCUGGUUUGGUGCCUGGUACCGGUCAAUUCAGCUACUUCAACUACACGUCUUUCUUGGGAAACCCUGACCUGUGUGGCCCCUAUUUGGGUGCUUGCAAGGGUGGGGUUGCCAAUGGUGCACACCAACCUCAUGUUAAAGGACUCUCCUCUUCUUUGAAGCUGCUACUUGUUGUUGGGUUGCUAUUAUGUUCCAUUGCUUUUGCUGUGGCUGCAAUAUUCAAGGCCCGGUCAUUAAAGAAGGCCAGUGAGGCUCGUGCAUGGAAGUUGACUGCGUUCCAGCGUUUGGACUUCACUGUUGAUGAUGUUUUGCAUUGCUUGAAAGAGGAUAAUAUUAUUGGGAAAGGAGGUGCUGGAAUUGUCUACAAAGGGGCUAUGCCUAAUGGGGAUCAUGUUGCUGUGAAAAGGCUUCCAGCUAUGAGUAGAGGCUCUUCCCAUGAUCACGGAUUCAAUGCUGAGAUUCAGACAUUGGGGCGAAUCCGACACAGGCACAUUGUUAGGUUGUUGGGUUUCUGUUCAAAUCAUGAGACAAACCUUUUGGUCUAUGAGUACAUGCCCAAUGGAAGUUUAGGUGAGGUUCUUCAUGGAAAAAAGGGGGGUCAUUUGCAUUGGGACACCAGGUAUAAAAUUGCGGUGGAGGCUGCCAAGGGGCUUUGCUAUCUGCACCAUGAUUGUUCGCCACUCAUUGUCCAUCGUGAUGUGAAGUCAAACAACAUCCUUCUUGAUUCAAAUCAUGAAGCCCAUGUUGCUGAUUUUGGGCUUGCUAAGUUCCUGCAAGAUUCUGGGACAUCUGAAUGCAUGUCUGCUAUUGCUGGUUCAUAUGGAUACAUAGCUCCAGAGUAUGCCUACACAUUGAAAGUUGAUGAGAAAAGCGAUGUGUACAGUUUUGGUGUGGUUCUUUUAGAACUUAUAACAGGCAGGAAACCAGUUGGUGAAUUUGGUGAUGGCGUGGACAUCGUGCAAUGGGUGAGGAAAAUGACGGACUCUAACAAGGAAGGAGUUCUUAAAGUUCUUGAUCCUAGGCUUCCCUCAGUUCCCCUUCACGAAGUGAUGCAUGUUUUCUAUGUGGCCAUGCUGUGUGUUGAAGAACAGGCUGUAGAGAGACCAACAAUGCGUGAAGUUGUUCAAAUACUGACCGAGCUUCCAAAGCCACCUGGCUCUAAAGAGGGAGACUUAACAAUAACAGAAUCCUCUUUGUCAUCAUCAAACGCUUUAGAAUCUCCAUCCUCAGCCUCCAAGGAAGAUCAAAAUCCUCCUCAAUCCCCACCACCCGACCUUCUUAGUAUUUAAAGUGCUCUGUUGGGUGUUUCAUCUUAUUAGUUCCCUUGGUUGUGAUAGCUUAUCCAUUUACUUUCUUUUUCUGUCUCUCUUCUGGGGUUGGGGCUUUUCUUCUUCUUCUAACUGAAGGUAUUAAUGCUCUGAUUUUUUAAUGGUUUUGUACAGUAGGAUUGGUGGGGGGGGUUAUUUUCUUAUGAAGUCACUUUCUUCAUCAUGUAGUACUGCUUUUUAAUUUUUAUGUUACGGCCGUUGUUGUGCUUCGCCUAAGCUGGGGAGUGGGGAGGGUUCAAGGGAAUGGAUACUCUUUUUUUAUGCGAUCACUGACAGGUAGACACAAAAUGACGCAAACGGGUUGGGUAUUAAACAGUGGGUAUAUUGUAUGGUUUAGAAUAUUAUUGAUGAAUCCUGAGUGGAUUGGCACAGUGUGAACUGUGAGCCUGAGCUGUGACUGAGUCUAUGAGUCAGGUUUGGAUAAAAGCUUAUUUGAAGAAGUUAACCUGUUUCGAGAAAAUCAGAGUGAAUCAGGAUUCAGGCGUGUUUUAGCUUUAGUUCGUUGUUCAUGCCGUGACGCUUUUACAGAAGUUAAUUCUUUUGCUUUAGCUUUUUCAUUUACGAGACUUUGUAGCGCUAAAAGGGAUAUAAUUUUUUUCCCUUGUUAAAUAACAAAAGAGAGGCAUUGGGGAUGA